GAGGGGGGAGAAGCAUCAUGGUUCAACGUGGGUCAAUUUUUUGUGAAUGAGGAGGGGAGGUUGUGGGGCCGCCGCCGCGGUGCACGGUCCCAGCCGCCGCCCGAGCCCCAGCCGCGCGCCCGCCCGCGCCGCCGCCGCCUCAGCGCCCUGGGCCCCGGCCGCGUCUCGCCUCUCGCCGCCCCCCGAGCCCGAGCCCGAGCCCGAGCCGCCGGGCGGACGCGGCGCCGGCUGAGGAGAUGCGGCUCGGAGCGCCCGAGCAGGGCUAGAGCGCGGCCGCCGCCCGCCCGCGCACGCCCGGAGCGGCCCGCCCGCCGCCGCCCGCAGCGAUUCAUCUUUUGAAAGCCAACUGGAGGCCUCCGCUCUGCUUGUGGAUUACGUGGUUUCCAAGACUUGCCGGUGGGACUUGGGGUUUACGAGUUGUGAUCCCACCCUCCCUGUUUCUGCACUUGCAUGUGCUGGUGCUACUUGGCAGCUCUUGGGAGCUAUUGUUCAUGCGGAAGUUCUGAGCCCUUCUGAAUCGCCGAGAGGAGCAGACACUGCCAGCAAUGAGCUCCCAGAGCCACCCAGAUGGACUUUCUGGCCGAGACCAGCCAGUGGAGCUGCUGAAUCCCACCCGUGUGAACCACAUGUCAGGUGCGGUUGAAGUGGCCGCAGCGCUGCCCCUACAAGUCGCACCCUCCACUGUGCCCAUGGACCUCCGCCUGGACCACCAGUUCCCACUGCCGGUGGCAGAGCCCACCCUCCGCGAGCAGCAGCUGCAGCAGGAACUCCUGGCCCUCAAGCAGAAGCAGCAGAUCCAGCGGCAGAUCCUCAUCGCCGAGUUCCAGAGGCAGCACGAGCAGCUCUCCCGGCAGCACGAGGCUCAGCUCCACGAGCACAUCAAGCAGCAGCAGGAGAUGCUGGCCAUGAAGCAUCAGCAGGAGCUGCUGGAGCAUCAGCGCAAGCUGGAGCGGCACCGCCAGGAGCAGGAGCUGGAGAAGCAGCACCGGGAGCAGAAGCUGCAGCAGCUGAAGAACAAGGAGAAAGGGAAAGAGAGUGCGGUGGCCAGCACUGAGGUGAAAAUGAAGCUCCAAGAGUUUGUCCUAAACAAGAAGAAGGCUCUGGCCCACCGGAACCUGAACCACUGCAUCCCCAGCGACCCUCGCUACUGGUACGGGAAGACGCAGCACAGCUCCCUGGAGCAGAGCUCCCCGCCGCAGAGUGGGCUGACGGCCGCCUGCAACCACCCAGUCCUGGGGAUGUACGACACCAAAGACGACUUCCCUCUGAGGAAAACAGCUUCUGAACCCAAUCUGAAAUUACGGUCCAGGCUAAAGCAGAAAGUGGCUGAAAGACGGAGCAGCCCCCUGCUACGCAGGAAAGAUGGGCCAGUGGUCACUGCUCUAAAGAAGCGUCCAUUGGAUGUCACAGACUCUGCGUGCAGCAGCGCUCCGGGCUCCGGGCCCAGCUCGCCCAACAACAGCUCCAGCAACGUUAGCACCGAGAAUGGACUGGCACCUGUGGUCCCCAGCGUGCCCACCGAGGCCAACUUGGCGCACAGACUUGUGGCCCGUGAAGGCUCGGUGGCCCCGCUUCCCCUGUACACGUCGCCGUCUCUGCCCAACAUCACCCUAGGCCUUCCUGCCACUGGCCCAUCCGCUGGGGCAGCGGGCCAGCAGGAAGCCGAGCGGCUGGCUCUUCCCGUCCUCCAGCAGCGGAUCUCCCUGUUCCCCGGCUCCCACCUCACCCCCUACCUGAGUGCUGCGUCCCUGGAGAGGGACGGCGGAGCAGCACACAACCCACUUCUGCAGCACAUGGUCCUGCUGGAGCAGCCAGCCACGCAGGCACCCUUGGUCCCAGACUGGUAUCUUUCAGGCCUGGGGGCACUGCCCCUCCACGCCCAGUCCCUGGUUGGUGCUGACCGUGUGGCCCCCUCCAUCCACAAGCUGCGGCAGCACCGCCCGCUGGGGCGGACCCAGUCGGCACCCCUGCCCCAGAGCACCCAGGCGCUGCAGCACCUGGUGGUCCAGCAGCAGCACCAGCAGUUCCUGGAGAAGCACAAGCAGCAGUUUCAGCAGCAGCAGCUGCACCUCAACAAGAUCAUGCCCAAAGCGAGCGAGCCCGCCCGGCAGCCUGAGAGCCACCCCGAGGAGACGGAGGAGGAGCUCCGCGAGCACCAGGCCCUCCUGGAGGAGCCGUUCCUGGACCGGCUCUGCAGCCAGAAGGAGGCGCAUGCAUUGGGCGUGCAGGUCAAGCAGGAGCCUGUCGAGAGCGACGAGGAAGUAGCAGAGCCCCCACGGGAGGGAGAGCCAGGCCAGCGCCAGGCCACGGAGCAGGAGCUGCUCUUCAGACAGCAGGCCCUCCUCCUGGAGCAGCAGCGGAUCCACCAGCUGAGGAACUACCAGGCGUCCAUGGAAGCGGCCGGCAUCCCUGUGUCGUUCGGCGGCCACCGGCCCCUGUCCCGGGCGCAGUCCUCCCCGGCGUCUGCCACCUUCCCCAUGUCCGUGCAGGAGCCCCCCACGAAGCCGAGGUUCACCACAGGCCUGGUGUACGACACGCUGAUGCUGAAGCACCAGUGCGCCUGCGGGAGCACCAACAGCCACCCCGAGCACGCCGGGAGGAUCCAGAGCAUCUGGUCCCGCCUGCAGGAGACUGGCCUCCGCAGCAAGUGCGAGUGCAUCCGCGGGCGGAAGGCCACCCUGGAGGAGCUGCAGGCCGUGCACUCGGAGGCCCACACACUGCUCUACGGCACCAACCCCCUCAACAGGCAGAAAAUGGACAGUAAGAAACUUCUAGGUUCUCUCACGUCGGUGUUUGUCAGGCUCCCCUGUGGAGGUGUUGGGGUGGACAGCGACACCAUCUGGAACGAGGUGCACUCGUCGGGGGCCACCCGCCUGGCCGUGGGCUGUGUGGUGGAGCUCGUCUUCAAGGUGGCCACGGGGGAGCUGAAGAAUGGCUUUGCGGUGGUGCGCCCCCCUGGACAUCACGCCGAGGAGAGCACCCCCAUGGGCUUUUGUUACUUUAACUCUGUGGCCAUCGCUGCCAGGCUGCUCCAGCAGAGGCUGAACGUCAGCAAAGUCCUCAUCGUGGACUGGGACGUGCACCACGGAAACGGGACCCAGCAGGCCUUCUACAGCGACCCAAACGUCCUCUACAUCUCGCUGCACCGCUACGAUGACGGGAACUUCUUCCCAGGCAGCGGGGCCCCUGACGAGGUCGGCACGGGGCCAGGUGUGGGCUUCAACGUCAACAUGGCGUUCACCGGUGGCCUCGACCCCCCCAUGGGGGAUGUGGAGUACCUCACGGCUUUCAGGGUUGUGGUCAUGCCGGUCGCCCACGAGUUCGCACCGGACGUCGUGCUGGUGUCGUCAGGCUUCGACGCUGUGGAGGGCCACCCCACACCCCUCGGAGGCUACACCCUCUCCGCCAAAUGCUUUGGGCACCUGACAAAGCAGCUGAUGGGCUUGGCUGGCGGCCGGAUUGUUCUGGCCCUCGAAGGAGGCCAUGACCUGACGGCCAUCUGCGAUGCCUCCGAGGCGUGUGUCUCUGCCCUGCUGGGGAACGAGCUCGAUCCUCUCCCUGAGAAGGUUUUACAGCAGAGACCCAAUGCGAACGCCGUCCGCUCCAUGGAGAAAGUCAUUGAAAUCCAUAGCAAGUACUGGCGCUCCCUGCAGCGCGUGGCCGGCACGGCCGCCCACUCCCUGGUGGAGGCGCAAACGUGCGAGAACGAGGAGGCCGAGACGGUCACCGCCAUGGCGUCGCUGUCCGUCGGCGUCAAGCCGGCUGAGAAGAGACCGGAGGAGGAGCCCAUGGAAGAGGAGCCGCCCCUGUAGCCCUCCCGGAGCCACCGUUCUGUUUGUCUGUCUGUCCUGAAGCUCAGCCGAGGAGUCCCCUGCGUUGCCCCUGCGUCCUGUGAGGUGUUUGAGGGAGCACAGGGACAGCCGGGUGGCCAGCAGCUCACGGGAACGUCUUUGCCUCCAGGUCCGUGGACCGAGGCGCUGGCACACACCUGCUGUGGCUCCCGACUCGGGCCCCGCAGGCACCCCAGGGCCACGCGCGGAUGAGAGGCCCGGCCCCUCCGGCGGAGUCGCCCAGCCGGCACGGGAAGGGGAAACGAAAUCAAAGAUCUAAUAAUCCAAAACCAACUUGAGUAAAACUGGUGCUUAAAGUUUAUCACCCACAAUUCCACAGCCUCCGUGUAAACCACUCGACUCAUCUUGUAGCCUAUGUUUUUUAAAGAGAAAGUUCUCUAGGCGCUGGCCUCUGUGAGCCCAGGGGUCUGCGGCUGGGGGACAGAGUGGACGGACCUUUGGAAAAACACCUGGACAAAACCAGAAGUGCGAGCCUGAGGAGCCGGCUUUAGUUUCUCAAAGCCAUUGGAAGAUGCGAGUUUGUGCCUUUUUUUUAUUGCUCUGGUGGAUUUUUGUGGCUGGGUUUUCUGAAGUCCGAGGAACAAUGCCUUAAGAAAAAUACACAGCGGCAGUUGGUGGGGCCGUUCCCUCUGCCGGGCGAGCCGGCGGCUGCUGCGGGGCUGGCGCGGUUGCCGGGAGUGGGCACCAGCCGUGCCCUGGGGGCUGCGCCCGCCUCCCCCCUUGGCUUUAUUGCUGUUUAAGAAAAAUGGAGGGAGUUGCCAAAAAAGUGGCAAACACUGUUGGGAGUUUUGGAGUCCAACAAAUUUUAAACGAAUCCAAAGUGUUCUUUUCUCACAUGUCAUGGAGCAGUUGAGCGUCUCCACUUGGUCGUUACGCAUGCCCUAGGCACACCUGCAGUGUUACGGUCGGAAGGCUUUUCACUAACAGCAAGCAGCAUGAAGUAUUGCUUAAAUUUUAGAUAUAAAUAUAUAUAUAUGUAUAAUAUAUAUUCCAAUGUAUUCCAAGCUAAGAAACUUGAUUCUUAUGAAAUCUUGAUAAAAUAUUUAUAAUGCAUUUAUAGAAAAGUAUAUAUAUAUAAAAUAAAUGCCGAUUGUAAAGGUCCCUGGCGAACGAGCAACUUGUGAAUUACAAACAAAGGUGCUUAUGGAAAGGAAUCUAGUUUGGAACCCAUGGAUUUUUGAACUCUAGAAUGGAUUGUUUUCAGAUCGCCGACACAUUCACCACUGGGCAACUACCCGAGGAGUUUGUACUUUUGUUUUAAUUGUUUUCUAACAGAAACUUUUUGCCCUCCAAACCUCCAUGCACAUAUGUACCUAAUGAGUUUUUUUAUAGCAAAGAAUAUGAAUUUGCUGUUAAUUUUUGUAUGAAUUUUUCACAAAAAGAUCCUGAAGAAGCGUUGUUUUGUGGAUUUUACAUUUUUCCUCACCAUUCGGCAGUUUCCUGAAUGGUCUUGACGUCUGAACCAUUUUUCUUUUCUUAUUUCUUGCUUGUACAUUUUUUUUUUUUAACUUUCAAAGGUGUUUCUUCUUUAUUAUUUUGGUUUGGUUUAUUCCUUACGGUGUGGUGAGCGGCUUUCUGCGGAGGCCCGGAACAGUUGCCAUCAGUUUAUUUUGAGAGAGUGAGGAGGGAGUGAGAAGAGUGUCGGGGUCUCUGACACCUGCGGCCAGUCUUUCCUGAGCUCUGCUCUAUGGCCGUGCAGGUGCCAGCACUGUCCUGCCUCGCGCCAGUGGCACUUCUGCACCCGGUGGCAUUUCUCUCCUGCCUAGCAGGGGCACAGGGCCGCACUGGCCCCAUGGGUGGUUUAGCACUAACGAGACUCACUUUCAGCUUCUCUGACCACAUCGUCGGGAUAGAAUUUUCACUUCAGUUUUCCAAAGACCUUUUCGGCAUGUCAGCAACACAUCGGGCCGAGCAUGACCUGCCGCCCGUUCCAGGUCUUUCUGCCGCAGCUACACGGCCAGGGCACUGCAUUCGGAGCCUGCCGGUGCAGGACCCGAGGCUCCUGCUCCCGUGAGCCUGGAGGGACGGGGACUCCUGGCCCAGGCAGCCAGGCUUUGCCCUGCUCUCCUAACAGUUACCGGCAGGGUCCCCUUUUUUACUGGCAACUUAGCUUCCGGCUGUGAAGCCACCAGCGUCCUCCCCCAGCGUGUAGAGCUCAGACGGGUGGACAGAAGUCCAAGUGCAGCCCGUUCACAGGAAGGUCCCCAGGCAGAGCUUCUAGGUCUGCUAAUGUUUACAGGGUAGCUUCCAGAAGAGGCAUGCAGCUGGCCCUCUGGCCGCAGGAAUGCAGGUUCUUGGAUUUGGCACCAGAUGGGAGCUGGGGCCGAGGGCAGGAGGAGCUCAGGCUGGCGCUGCCCGGGCCCUCAGCCUCCCCCCAGCCCUGGCUCCGAGCCCUUCGGGCCCCCUUGCCCCGUCCCUGCAGGCCUGGGCCCCUCUGUCACCGGCCUUCUUUUACUGCCAGCAGGGACCGAUCGGCAGUCAAGACUGAUGGGGAGCUGGACGCUGGGUCUCCUCUGGGCAGAGGCCCCCAGGCAGCGGGCUUGCUCCUCUGCUCACUCCCUUCAUGGCCCGGCCGAGAGCCCCGAGCCUUUGCUGGUUUUGCUCUAAAGAUACCCUCAGCCCUUCAUGGCCGCCCUCCCUGCAGGUGUCCCUUGGGCCCUGGGCCCUGGGCCUUUUUCUUCGUUUGCAAAGGCCUUCGGGGCACUGGCUGGGGAGUCAGCAGGCGAGCACUUUAUAUCCCUUCGAGGGGACCCCCGAGACGCCCCCGGGGUUCACGGCGUCCACUGUCCUCGCGCCUUCCCGAGCCCACCAGCAGGCAGGCGGGCACCCGCACUCAGCCCGGAUCGCCAGGGCCGCACCCCACCCCGGCCUCCCGGCCUUCUGUGGCCCCAUCUGGAAGGGCCACUUUGUCAGUGUGUUUCAGUUUUUCUUUACUUUAAAAAAAAAGUCUGUUUUGAGAGAAAGGACCGUUUUAACGUGGUCUGACAUAAAAGCAAGUCUGAUUUUUGCAGCACUAGUGAUGGAGUUUUUUGUUUUUAUUUUUGGCCAGAACAUUCCUUUUUUAUUGCUCACAGUCAUGUACUCAUUCCAUUCUUCUUUUUGUAGACUUUUGGGCCCAUGCGUUUUAUGGGCAUUGAUACAUAUAUAAAUAUAUAUAUAAAUAUAUAUGAAUAUAUUUUUUUAAGUUUCCUACACCUGGAGGUUGCAUGGGCUGUACGGUUGGCAUGUCUUUAUAUUGUAUACAGAUUUUGCACGCCACGCUUGGCAGCUUUGGGGAAAUAAAAAAAAAUGCCUUUUCUUUUCCCCUCUCAUGACAUUUGCAGAUACAAAAGAUGGAAGUUUUCUGUAAAACGAAACAAAACCUUGAAGGAGAGUGGGGGAAAAUUUGCGUCUUAUUGAACUUAUUCUUAAGAAUUGUACUUUUUAUUGUAAGAGAAAUAAAAAGGACUACUUAAACAUUUGUCAUAUUAAAAAAAAGUUUAUCUAGCACUUGUGACAUACCAAUAAUAGAGUUUAUUGUAUUUAUGUGGAAACAGUGUUUUAGGGAAACCACGCAGAACUGCGUGUGGACUGCCUGUUUCUCACGAUGACUCGAGGGUCCUGGUCUCUGUUCUGUUCCGUGUCUGUCCUCCCCGCUCCAGGGCGAGGCGAGCUUGGCACCGGCCCCGGGGAGGCUCCAACGCCCGAGCACCGCCUCGACCCCGAGAGCCCCUCCCAGCCCGGCUGCGUUGACUUUUAAUUACUUUUAGAUGACGUGCGGCUAAGAUUUCACUUUAAACUGAGCAGUCGUGUGCUGUACGAGCACUGUGGUUUAAAUUUCUUCUUUGCAUCGAAAAGAAACCAUUUCUUCAUUGUAACGAAGCCGAGCCGGUGGUUGGCUCGGCCUCGCUUUGUCUCUGACAUGGAUUAAAGUCUCCUAUUGAAA